AUGUGGCUUCAAUCGAAGUAGUAGACAUGAAAACCUAACCCAUCUAUUUCUAUUUUUUGUAAAAAGGACCAUUUGGAAUCUUGUAUCCUAAAUAAGAUGUUUCCUUCCGCACCUGGGGUCCAGUCUGUCCGCUCUGCUCCCUCUCUUACUGUGUUCUUCACUUGCAAAUCCUUCAUCUGCAUCAAGGGAAAAAACAGAGAGGUUUUGUAGAGCAAAUAAAGAUGACGGCGGGGAACAUGACUCGAGCAAGUCUUUUUCCCACGAAAGAUUCAAAAUCUCAUCUUCAACGCCAAAUGGGUAUGGGCUUCUUCUCUUCUUUCAGUAGCAGUCGUAGGAAGGGCUACUUUGGUAACCUUGAUAAUGCUUUAGCUUCAUUUAAUCGCAUGCUUGAUAGGAAUCCUCGGCCUCCUAUUAUCGAGUUUAAUCGGUUAUUAUCUUCAGUUGUGAGGAUGAAAAAAUAUGAGACAGUUGUUUCUUUGUUCAAAGAAAUGGAAUUUAGAGGAAUCAAAUACAAUGUUUGUACUCUUAGCAUUUUGAUUAAUUGCUUCUGCUUCUUGCAUCAUGUGGAUUAUGGGUUCUCUGUUUUUGGAAAGACCCUUAAAUGUGGUUUUAAGCCUGAUGUUGUAAUAUUUACUACCUUGAUAGAUGGGGUCUGUAGGAUUGGGAAAACCGAGGUGGCUGCUGGGUUGCUUAAGGAAAUGGGACUUGUAGGUUGUGUUCCAGAUGUUGUUACUUGCAAUUCGCUAAUGCGUGGAUAUUGUUCGCAAGGGAAAAUCGAUAAGGUUAGAAAAAUAUUUCAUUUGAUGGCGAGUAAAGGUCUUAAACCUGAUGUUUAUAGUUACAGUAUCUUCAUCAAUGGGUACUGCAAGGUUGAAAAAAUAGAUGAGGCUAUGGAACUUUUUGAUGAAAUGUCUCAUAGAGGUGUGGUGCCUAAUGCGGUUACUUAUAAUACUCUGAUAAAGGCCUUGUGUCAAGCUUUGAGACCUCGGGAUGCACAAGUGCUUUUCAGGAAGAUGUGUGCUUGUGGCCUUUCUCCUGAUAUAUUAGCUUACUCUACUUUGCUUGAUGGGUUCUGUAAACAAGGGAAUCUUGAUGAGAUGUUGGUGCUAUUUCAAGAGAUGCAAAGACGUCUUGUGAAGCCUGACUUGGUAGUCUACACCAUCUUAAUUAAUGGAAUGUGCAAGUCCAGAAAGGUUAAAGAUGCAAACGAAGUACUUUCUCGACUCAUUGUUGAAGGGCUUAAGCCUGAUGUUCAUACCUACACUGCAUUAGUUGAUGGGCUUUGCAGAGAAGGAUCACUAAUUGAAGCACAGAGACUUUUUAGAAAAAUGGAAGAGGAUGGCUGCAUGCCAGGAAGUUGCUCUUAUAAUGUCCUUCUCCAAGGAUGUCUCCAACACAAGGAUACAUCAACAGUAGUGCAGCUUAUCCAUGAAAUGGCUGAUCGAGGAUUCUAUGCAGAUGCUGUCACGAGAAACUUUCUGAAAGAUUUUCUACCCGGCAACGACAGUCCUGCAAUAAAACAACUGCUAGGACUCUUUGAAGGGCAUCAAGGUGUGAAGAUGAAGUAGGCUUUGAAUAGUUGGUGCUGCUUUGAUCAUUGUGGCAAACUAAAAGUUAAUAGAUCUAUUAACACUGUAGUUUUUGUUACAUUUGAUUUAACACCGAGGGCUUUUGUACU